AUGUCACAAAACGAAGAGAGAGGCGUUUGUCGCCGCACCGUAUGUCCAUCCCCAUCAAAGGUCGGAGAGUCGACCAAGUUGCUGAGUUUGUGCUCCGUAGGUGCAGGUGGUUGGAAAGAGAGACUAUUGGCGGUACACCGCAAUUGCUUGUUCUAUGGGCUUGAGACUUCUACCAUGUCAUGUGCUGGUUGUGACCAUUCGAGUUAA